AGAAAGUCCUGCGCAGCUGUUUGCGAACUUUUAAGAUUUCCUGUUUCCCCUGCAGGCAGGGCUGAGGCGGAGGGGAGUGAGUCACACACACACUCCCAGGAGCAGCCGAGGCGCAGCUGCGCUGGCUGCCUCCAGCGGGGCCUCUUGCCACACUUUCUCCUUCUCUCUUUCUCCGUCUCCUGGACUCCCAGUUGCCUCCGAGCCACUUUGCAGCCCCCCGCCCCGCCCACAAGCCCCAGAGAGGAGCCCCCGGGCCGUCUCUCCCUCCUUGCCCGUCCGCCGCCGCCUCAGCGUACCGAAAGGGACGUACGAUGAGCUGGAUUCCUAGGCACGUUUUGUUCUGGACUCUGCUGCACAGCACGGCGCACCCGCUGGUUCGGGGGACAGCUGAAGAUCACUUAUCUGGAAUGUUGGAAGGUAAAAUCAAAAUCCGGGCACUUUGCAAAUUUUGUGAUGUUAAAUCAACAAGCUGUAGAAAUAAAGGACAUUGCAACAGUCACUGCAACAUUACUUCUAUCUGUGUUGACAACAAUGAAGUGUGUGCAGCUGUUUGGAGAAAGAAUGAUGAAAACAUAACUUUAGAAACUGUAUGUCAUGAUCCUGCACUAGAGCUCCAUGGGCACAAAUUGGAUGAUUUUAAGUCAGAUAAAUGUUACAUGAAAGAGAAGAAGGGAGAUGGUGGAUUGCUGUUUAUGUGUUCCUGCAGUGAGGAAGAAUGCAAUGACAAACUUAUUUUUUCAGAGGACUCUACCUCAGCUAUAGAAGAAGUGAAAGAUGUGAUAUCUAAAGUUGCACUAAUAAGCCUUGUCCCAUUGCUUGUGAUUGCAAUUGCUGUGAGCCUUAUCUUUUACUGCUACCGCAUUCAGAGGAGAAGGAAGCUCAACAAGGCAUGGGAGAAAAAUGUCAAGUCCAGGAAACAUAAAGAUUGUAGCGAUGUUUGUGCCAUUAUGCUAGAUGAUGACCGUUCUGACAUCAGUUCCACCUGCGCCAAUAACAUUAACCAUAACACUGAACUGCUGCCUAUUGAGUUGGAUGCCCUUGUGGGCAAAGGGCGAUUUGCUGAAGUUUAUAAAGCUAAACUGAAACAAAACACAUCAGAGCAGUUUGAAACAGUGGCCGUUAAGAUCUUCACCUAUGAAGAAUAUGCCUCCUGGAAGACUGAGAAAGAUAUCUUCUCCGACAUAAACCUGAAGCAUGAAAACAUUCUUCAGUUCCUCACAGCGGAGGAGCGCAAGACAGAUCUGGGAAAGCAGUACUGGCUGAUCACUGCCUUCCACUCAAGGGGUAACUUGCAGGAAUAUCUUAUUAAGCACAUCAUCAGCUGGGAGGACCUCUGGAAGCUGGGUGGAUCUUUGGCUCGAGGGAUCGCCCAUCUUCACAGUGACCAUACACCUUGUGGACGACCCAAAACACCUAUUGUCCACAGAGAUCUAAAGAGCUCCAAUAUUCUGGUGAAAAAUGAUUUAACCUGCUGCCUCUGUGACUUCGGCCUGUCUCUGCGUCUGGAUCCUACGCUGUCUGUAGAUGAUUUGGCCAACAGCGGGCAGGUUGGCACAGCAAGGUACAUGGCUCCUGAAGUCCUGGAAUCCAGAAUGAACUUGGAUAAUGUUGAAUCCUUCAAGCAGACUGAUGUGUAUUCCAUGGCCUUGGUUCUGUGGGAAAUGACAUCCCGCUGCAAUGGUGUUGGAGAAGUGAAGGAGUACGAGCCACCCUUUGGUUCUAAAGUGCGGGAACAUCCCUGUGUGGAAAGCAUGAAGGACAAUGUGCUGAGGGACAGAGGGCGGCCAGAGAUUCCAAGCUCAUGGCUCAACCACCAGGGCAUCCAGAAAGUGUGCGAGACGCUUGUCGAGUGUUGGGACCAUGAUCCUGAGGCCCGACUCACUGCGCAGUGCGUUGCUGAGCGCUUCAAUGAUUUUGAGUACCAGGACAGACUCUCAGGAAGAAGCAGUUCUGAAGAGAAAAUCCCUGAGGAGGACUCUGUGAACAGUGGCAAGUAACAACCCACCAGAAGAAAUGCGUCUGAAAGACAAAAGGCUGCUCUUGUGUUCUGUGUGCACAAUUUUGGGACAGGAAGAGGGUCCAGAGUUCAGAUGUGCUUCCUCUGGCACUGAGGAUCCCACCGCUGCCUCCAUGAUGCAGCUCAAAGAGAAAAGAAAUGAUUUUAUGGGGAAGGCAUGAUGGGCAAAGUGUCAUGCAGUAGCUUUCUUGACAGUUGUCAUGGAAUAAGCUGCAUUGGCGCUUCCUGAAAAAAGACUGAACAAACCACCAGUAAUGUUUGCACUUUAUCAAUGCCUGUACAUAACUACGGAAAAGCAUUUGUGUGUGCAUGUGUGCACACGUCCACAGGACAAAGCUCUGCAAACCAUCUUCCAGGAAAUGAACACAAGAUAGAAAAAUCCCACAAGGGUUUGUUAGGAUGCUUGCUGUAUGCUGGCAGCAGAAGUGCCUUAUUCACCCCACCCAAACCAUAAAAAUUGUAGUAACGCACUGCUAAUCCUAUAUAGGGCUGCACUACUUUUUGUUUUGUUUUGUUUUCUUUUUGGAAGUCGCAGGACAAAGAGGUCACAACUGAUAGGGCUCGGCCCUACUGGAGCCUUGUCUAACAUUUAUCUAUGCAUCGCGUGUUCAGCUGGUUCCUGAAUGUUCUAGAGUUUGUGGAUUCAGGGGACCUAUUAGUGUACCGCUGUUUUUCUUCUAAAGCUCAUAGAAUUUGGAAAGUUGUGGGUUUUUCCCUUCCUUCGUUCCUGUGCAAAGGAAUGUUGAUUUCUACCCUCCUCCCUUUCUUUGAACUUGCACAUCAAGUUAGCAGCCUGCGUACUGAGAAUCGGUUUCCCAGCCCCACACACUAUGAAAUCAGGCAGGGCCAAUUAUAAUUGAAACAGAUGUUUUGCAUUUGCUGUGCAUUCUGACAAAAAGUAGACAUCUCCCUCCUGCCUUUCUGGGCUCGCUAACAUCAUGUCUAGUUCUUUGAACCCUUAAGUUCACACUUGAUUUCAUGCCCAGUGCAAAGAGGGAGGGAACCCCACGAAACCCUUCCUGAGUGUCUGGAUUUCUGCGAUGCUGUGGAAAAGACUUGCCCACGCUACAAGCGGGCAGCGUCUUCGGUCCCUCUGACUGUGCAUCGGAGCAUUGCAGCCUGCAGUCAUUCAGCCUGCAGUCCUCAACUGCUGGCAAGGAGAGGACAUUCCUAAACUGAUCCCCACAGGCAUGGCUUACAUUCUUUCAGUCUUCCAAAAUAUUUAGAUUUGGAGCUGGCCUCACAAGGAAUUUUAAAUGAUGGCAUUUCAACAGUCAGUAUUUUCUUGCUAAAUCAUCUGUCUGCCCAACUUGUCUCCGUUUUUAAGGGUCCUGCAAAGAGGGCUUCAGGUGCUGCUUUCUAUGCAUUGCUGUUGUUCCAAAGAGAGACCAAGAAUUUGUUACCAAUUUAUAGUUACACUAGUUGGCCCCAGGAACAAUUCUUCUGAGUAAAAAUAUGUGUAUCAAGUGCAAUUCUUUUAUUCUACAGGACACAGAUAUUUUUCUAGGAGCGAUUCCUUUGUUUAUCCAAUAGGAAAAAAAGGUAUAUUCCCAUAGGAGGUAAAGUUUAUGGUGGAAAUAUUUAUUUUUAAGAAGCUUUGUGUCUGCUUUUAUAUUAAAAAAAUUAGAAAUAUUUAAGCAUUAAGUGGGGCAGAAGCUCAGUAAAAUGGAAUCUAGUUUUAAUAGCAACAUGCUGUGUACUGAACUGUGGAGCUACUGGCAAGACGGGUUUAUGCUGGGGUCAUGUUGCUGGGCAGAGGUGGGAUCCGGUGACCUCUGGUGGUGGUUUCCCAGGAUAACACCCUGGAAAACAGCUGCACAGGAAGCAAGAGGAGGAGCUGUACUACAAACUGGAAAGUAGGGUGCAUCUGUGCUACAAAUCUAAACCACUAAUUUCAAAACUGGUUUAAGUGCCAGACUUCCUUUCCAAGAUUUGCAGGAAGUUUUGGCAGUUAGCUAAGAGGCAAACAAAACGUCUGGGUUAGUGUACCCGUGCUGAUCAGGAUCAGUGUGGGGUGUCACUCUUUCACCCACUCAUCCUUUUCCUGAAAUCUCCACCUGGGGGAGGGUUAAAAGAAAGAAGGUUUCAAUUGCAGUCAAUUGCGCCUUUUUUCUUUAAUUCAUUUUGGAGGGGAAAAAGCCUUCCCGCCUCCUGAAACACCUGAGUCAGGGCCUUGUGUGCUUACCCAAAAGGGGAAAGCAGAGCUACAAGUAUGCAUGAUGAGGAGGACAUUCUGUUUGGUCCCCAGAUGGCUUUGCAGGAAGACUAGACAGACUUAUGGAGGAAAGGGGUAAGAAUAGCUCACCCUCACAGCUAUCUGCUACCUCCAGGUUCAGAGGGAGUCUGGCCUGAAUACCAGUGAUGGAGGAGUCACAACAGGAAAAUGUUGCUGCCUUCAUAUCACAUUUGUCACCUUCUCAGAAGCAUCUGCUCUGGUCACAGUGCAGAACAGGAUGCAGGACUGGAUGGUCCUCUGGCCUGAUCCAGCAGGGCUCCACUUACAUUCUGGUGAGCAAGUCAAGCUAGCUUGAUGCUGGUUUAAAUUUGAAGUGCAUACCAGCCCUGGGUGUCCAUUCUGAGAGCAGCCUGGUUCACACAAUUGCAUAGCUUGCUUGCAAUUGUGUUGGGCUGUUUGGAGUUGCUUCUGCUCAAACAGGACAUGCUGCCUAGUUUCGUACAGAAUAAUAAGCUGUGUCCAGGGGCUAAUUAGGCAAACAGCACCCCAGUGAUUGUGCAAUCCGGAUCACUGUGUUGUGCCUAAUAUUUCUCAUGAGGUGGCAGAAACUUAGAGAACAUCCAGUAGCUCCUGCCAACUCUUAACUUUUUUUGUACUAUUUACAUGUAAAGGGAAAUUUUAAUUCUUCCAUGAAACACUUUCACUGUACAACAUGUAUGAAAAUAGGAAUGUGAACAUGUAUAAUCUUGUUUAUCAAAUCUUUCAAGCACUUACCGUAUUUUUGUAUAAAUAAAAUUGUUUUAGAUUAAAAGA